AUGGCGAUGUGUCCGCGUACAAAGCAAAAAGUUGCUAUUAUUUUGGAUGUGAGCAAAGCUAUAUUUCAUUGGGGAUUUAUUCCCGCUAUAUUAUUCUUAGGCUUUAGGAAAGGUGCUGAUCCAGGCAUGCCUCAAUUAUCAAUUAUAAACUUAUUGUGGCAAUAA